ACGGUAGGCAAUAUCUGAGCCAUCAAUCCAACAAAAAAUUAUGACCAUGGCAUUAAUUUCAUUGAAUGAAUUUCCAGCUAGUUUAGGUUUCCAAAUAUGUUAAUCUCCCUGUACCUUUGAUAUUCCUUUCCGUACAACUUUCCAGUGAUCCGACGCUGUUUUGGGUCAUGGACAGCGGAGAGCUUCAGAGGGUUGGAGUCCUUCAACGUCUUCCACUGCUUGUGAUCAACUUCGUUGCUGGGACUCUGGUUCUGCUUUUUGCACUUGCUGGAUUUUUCGCAGGAGGCAUUGCUGGUGCUUUAGCUGGUAAGGUUUCUGACAGUGGUAUUGUUCGUGGAGCUGGAUUGGGGGCUGUUGCUGGGGCAGUACUCUCUGUGGAGAUUUUGGAAGCUUCACGUGAGUUAUUGCAUCUUGGUCUGCCUGGCUCACGAAGAUCUUCAUUGAUGGCAGAAAUUACAGAGGAGCUUAUUUGUUGGAGGUUUGAGGAGGAAAACUUACCGCCGCCAGAAGUGCUAACUGCUAGCCAUUGGCAGGUUAACUUCGCUAAUCAUCACCAUGAUGAGAUUCGUGAUGGAGUAGUUGAAACCAGAGGGUUGUCAAGGGAUUUGCUCAAGAAAUUGCCAUGUCAUGAGAUUCUGGGGGAUACCAAGUCCGCUCGGGUUUCCUGUUGUACAAUAUGUUUGCAGGAUCUUGAAGUGGGAGAAACUGCAAGGACCCUGCCACUCUGUCAGCAUACAUUUCAUUUGGCUUGUGUGGACAAGUGGCUUGUUAGACAUGGUUCUUGUCCUUUGUGCAGACAAUAUGUGUGAAAGAAUUACUGCCUGGGUUUGUGUACAAAUGUGUUUCUAUAGGCAAUACGGGGAGGUGAUUUAGUGUAGUAUAUGUUGGUUAUCCCUGCCACUCUGUCAGCAUACAUUUCAUUUGGCUUGUGUGGACAAGUGGCUUGUUAGACAUGGUUCUUGUCCUUUGUGCAGACAAUAUGUGUGAAAGAAUUACUGCCUGGGUUUGUGUACAAAUGUGUUUCUAUAGGCAAUACGGGGAGGUGAUUUAGUGUAGUAUAUGUUGGUUAUCUGUAGCUUAGCCUUUGCAGUAUAUAUGUAUAUUAAAGUGUGAGGCUGUAUAUAUGUAUUGGAAAUAUGAUCUCACGGUUUCUGAUUAUGUAUUGACAACAGCCCCCUCUUGUGGUAGCAAAUAAAUUGUGUAGUAAAU